AUGGCUCUCACUAGCGGUCUUUCGACUCUCACUAUGGAUGGUAAAGGCAUGCCUCUCUGCAAGCCUCUUAUCACAACGUCUCUGAGAGACGACGGAACGGCACUACUAGAACCCAAGCGGAGCUUAAAUUCUAUAGAUGAGAAGGAGAUGGAGCCGCAGAGAUGCACAGGUUUCGACGCCUCCUUGGGUCGAAUUUAUCGUUAUUACCCGGUCCCUACCUUGGUUCUUGAUAAGGAUUUGUGCGUCGUGGAGGUUUCAGACAGUCACUGUACCUUCUCGGGCCAAUCUAGGAAUGAACUGGUAGGCACUUGCGCCUGUGAUAUUCCAGUCCACAUCAUCCCUGCGUCAGACACAACUACUUUAUACGGAGCGUUACGUGCAGCUAUCAUCUCAAAAGAGGCUCAAAUCAUGGAGGGAAUACACGUCAAAAGCAAAAAUUCGACUUACCAGCUUCGGAUAGCGCCAAUCUUCGAAAAAUCGUCGUUGAUCUAUGUCAUUUUAGAGACUCAAAAUACUUCAAAAGAUCACUGGGUCGCGACUGAAAGUGGUCUAUCUAUAUGGUAA